AUGACUGUACCUAUGUUACCAAUUGCUUCAGCAUCUGUUUGGCUUCUCGUACUGCUAAUGGUUGCCCUUGGAGGACGUGUCUUUGGAUGGAUUGUGACAGUUGUGGCCCCCAUAGCAAUUUCAUGCACUUUGGUUGUAUUAGGCUACGGGCUUGCCAGACUAGAUCAGGGACCAACCAGGGACAUGUUGAAGCAAAUCUUCACACUGCCGGAUGUAAAACCAACAUUUUAUACAUCAGAGGAUUUUCUUAAGAGAUGUAUGGAUUCCUUUGUACACAUCCAGAUGGCUCUACCUUUGUGGUUUGGCAUUGCUCCCACCAUGGGUAAAAUGACAGGAUUUGGAAAAAUUCGUAAAAACUUAACAUGGUUAUUGAUGACAAUAAUGUAUGGUGUGUUUUGGAUGUUACCCACUCUUACAAUGGCUCCCUAUUUGGGAAAUCUCAUUUUAAAAUCACAAGCUCUAUUUACAGAUGUUCCUCUCAAUGGUUAUGCUCUCAUCUUUGAUACAAUGGCAACUGCCUUCAGCUAUUUACGCAUACCCCCGGUUUAUGCCUUAUUAUUUUACCUAUCUAUAUUUCUAUAUCAUGUUCUAUUUUUGUGUGUUGCCAUUCUAACACUUGUGGAUAACAUCAUGGAGUCUCUCAUUCCAUGUUUGGAGAGAAACUCCAUCAAUAAGACUUUUAUCAAUGUUGUUGUCACUUUUCUUGUUGUUGGUGUCAUCAAUGCUUUGGGAGUACCACACACCACAAAUGCUGGACCAUACUUCAAUGUCCUGAUGAUUGUUUCAUUGGAGAGGCUGGUGUUCUUGGUGGUAGUCUUGACCUUCAUAGGACUUAUUGUGGUCUAUGCAAAGCAGAAUUUUUCCUUAGCUGAACGCAUCAUGAUGGGUGUCUGGUUUGCUCUGGCCUGUUUAGCAACUGCUGGUCUUUGGGUUUAUAAGUUUGUCCAUGGACAUGAUGAAUUGCAUUAUAAUGGUAAUGUCUACUCACAAACUUGGGAGACAAUUUCCUGGAUUGUAUCUGGAGUACCAUUUGUGUUUGUUGUUGUUGGAGCUAUCCAUGCAAUUAUGGUUGGGCGUGGUUCCUGUUGCCAGCGUUUCAUGGGAACAUUUCAAGAGUCUUCAAGCCGAUCUCGCGUAGACAAUGGAAGGACGUACCACUGUGCUGAACCAAGCGCCCCUCCAUAUGCCUACAUGGAUGGGGAUGUCUUUCCAAUGGACAACUUACCAUAUACGUCAGAUCCAGACCUGGAUCCAUUAUGA